AUUGCUUUUUGUAUGUAACAGCUGUUAUAUUUUCACGAUUCCAGAGUCGGUCACAUAGUGUUUGUUAACGAUAUCUGAAUAUGUCAUUAAAUUUUAUCGAGAAAUUCACUAUGUAUAAAUUAUUAAAUCAUGUUUACUAUUGGUUUUGCAGGUAAUGAUUUAAUAAAAAAAUGGAGAAGUGUAAAAGAUAAUUACUUCAGAUAUUCAAAAAAAUUAAAAGAAGCAUCAAAAUCGGGCUCGGGCGCUACGAAACUGAAGAAGUAUCAUUUAUACAAUCAACUCCUUUUUUUGAGAAAAGUGGAACAAAAUGCCACCGAAUCUAGCUUAGACUCGCCUAGAGAAAUCAACAAUGAAUCUACGUCUACAAAUGAUGACAUUACCACAGACAACACUCCGCGCUAUGUUCCAGUCGCGCGCAAAAGGGCAAUGCAAAUGGAUGAGUUUGAAAGAGAAGGACUAAAACUUCUCAAGGAGCCGGAAAAUCGCCAUAUGUCCUUUUUCAGAGCUAUAUUGCCAUCUAUUCAAGAAUUUUCCGACCGAGAAACUCUCCGUUUCCAAAGUAAAGUUAUACAAAUUAUAGAUGAAAUGCGGUAUGGACAAACAUCAUCAUAUGUGAGUGGCCCAUCAACGUCUCACCAACCACCAUAUGGGUAUCAAACAGCAAAUUUUCAAAGUACAUACAUUUCUGAUUUUAAUAAUUCAAUUACAUCUCCAGAAACAUCUCAAGCAAGUGAAGAAACUGAAUACGAUUUUUCUAAUUUGUAAUUACUGGAUGAUAUCUCUCUUAAAUAAUGUCUAAAUUUAAAAUUAUGACAAUUGCUGAUUAUUUGUGAGUUGAUUACU